GGAAUGUGGGAGCUAUCGUGGAAGGCCAGGGCAAGAAAAUCACCUUCGACUGAACGCCUCCCGAAACAGAUGUUUGUGCUGCCUAUGAUCGAGGCUGGCCGAAGUCGCGAGAUCUCUACAGCAUCGCGCGCAAUCAAGAUGGCAUCUGAGACAUGUCUGAUGACGGUCACCUCUUAAUGUUCAGAAAGUCUGUCUCGGAAACUCAGAUUUGUACAGACGCCAAAUUUCGAUGAACAGAUUCGCUCCUACCGACCAGCACCUGCCUGUCUUCCCCGACUCUGACUGGCUUCACAUUCGAAUCGUUUUCACGCGCUGCUGUAAUGCAAGUUUUGUGCAUCCCAUCUUACCCAGCUUACUUGUCGACGAAAUCGAGAAUGGAAGAAUGGAACCUCUGGGCUGGGACGAUGGACUUGGAUAUCGCGGGAAUGGCAGUCCGGUGUAUGCUUUCGCUGCUCUGGCGCGACCUUGUUCGGCGUGUUUGAGGAAGGCUUUCGAAGCGAGCGAGAGGCUGUGGACGAUACGGCAGAUGAGACAUGGUUUGACCGGAAGCUCAAGACCGAACACAGUGGCGAGCGACUGGAGCAGUGAUCGAAUUGAGCAAGACGACGACGACAAAAGUUUUAGGAGUCAGAUCUUUGACAGCUGAAACGACGCGCGAGGUCGAGACGCAUGUCGAAUCCGUCAUCAGAAAUCCUUUCGUAGCGCUCCUCUGCAGCACUGCAAUUAAUUGUGUUCCUCAAG